AUGAGAUUAUUAUUAUUUUAUGUAUUCCUUAUUCUUAUUAUUUUUGCUUAUGCAAAAACUAAUCCAUAAAAUAAGUUAUAAGACUUUAAGAAGAAGAAUAAUUAAGGGAAAAGGAAAAAUAACAUUAAUAACUCAUCUGAUACAAGAUCAUCUGGAAAUUAAAACAAAAAUUAAACAACAAAAAGUAAUACUUAUAAAGAAUCAUAAUUAAAGAUUUUGAAUGAUUUAUAGCCUUUGUUUGGUGUAAUGAAAUUAUUACUUAAUAAUUUUAGUUAAGAAAAUAAGAUUAAAAUGGAUAAGUAUUUAACAAAAAGAUUGCAUUAAAUUUAGAAUAAUCAAAUUAAACAUAAAAAGGAACAGGAAUAGGGAGUGAUGAUGAGCAAUUAAUAUUGAUAUGGGAUUAAUAAUUGGGAAAUUUUGAACCAGAAUUUACUUUAACUUUUGAUUUACCUUCUGGAUCUAUUGAAGUAUAUUUGAUUUAAUAUUUUAGAUAUUUUAUGAGGAUAUCUUAUAACCUACAAAUAUCAAAGGUGCUUUCUUUAUUUCUUAGAUUUAACGUGAAGAGAGGAUUGAUUUUUUUAUUAAAUCAUCAAAUAAUACUUUGAUUUAUUCUAAGGAAAAAGUAAUAGAAGCAAUAUUUAAUAUUGAUAUAUUGGAAAAAGGAGAAUACAAAUUUAUCUUCUAGAAUAAAAGAGUAUGAGAAAUCGCUAUAAACAUAGACCAAAGGUACUCAAACAAUUACAUUCACUCUAGAUGUACAUGAUUCAGUAUAGGAGUUUUUGAAAAUAGAAGAUUUAGAUCCUUUAGAAUAAAGAAUAGAAAGAAUAUAAAUGGCAAUGAGAGUAAUAAAUAAUUUUAUGUUAAAAAGGAUAAUUAUUAUUUUGAUAAAAUGACUGGAUAAAAAUUUGAAAGUAAUUUAAGAGAAGUAUAAAAUUCAAAUGAAAAUUUAUUUAUAUUUAGUAUUAUUGAGAUUGUAGGAAUGAUCUUGAUUACAUUAUGGCAAGUGUUUUAUUUAAAGAGAAUAAUUAACAAUCAAAGAAUAUUUUGA